CCGUUUCUCCACGUUAACACGGCUUUGUAAAUCUUUUACUGAUGAACCGGUCGCAUUUUUCCGUUUCGUUCAGGUUACGUAUAAUCGGAUGGCUUUCACGCUUUCCGUCUAGAUAGUUGCAUCAUUAAAAUUCUCAAUUUACCGGGAUUGACAUCUUGCGCUUGUUAUUUAUCGAGUUUCGCAAGGGAGUAAUCGAUGAAUUGAGUAGUACGAAAACGAAGGAACGUAUUAUUAUAACAUGUUUCAGAAUUUUGCUGUAUGUAGGGCUAGCCUUAUUGGCAUCACACGAUCUGCGAGAUCUAAAAGAAAACUUUACCGGGAGUGUCCAGUGAUAUACACUUGCAAUGUUUUACUACGGUCACAGUUAUCUCCCUCGCCAAAUGUACACGGUCUGUCAAUCAGAUUCUAUUCGAACCCAGCGAGAAGACCGAGCUUCUUCUCUCAGUUCCUUGAGAAUAUCAAGCAGGAAAUGCAAAAGAAUAAAGAGAUGAAAGAGUCUUUAAAGAAGUUCAGAGAAGAAGCAGAGAAACUAGAGCAAUCCGAAGCGUUACGUUCAGCUAGACAAAAGUUUCAAGCAGUUGAAUCUGAGGCUAGUAAGGGAUCCGAAGCUCUAAAGGAGAAAUUAGGAUCUCUGAAGGGCAAGGUGCAAGAAGUUUUGGAGGAAGCAAGUAAAACAGAAUUAGGUAAGAAGGCCGGUCAACUGGGCGAGGGAAUAACGAAGUCUGCGAAAGAGGCAGCGGAGACGAUAACCGAAAAGAGUCAAGCUUUGGGUAAAACAAGCGCGUUUCAAACGAUAUCGCAAACCGCUGAGGUUGUGCGCGAGGAAUUAGAUCAUCAAGGAAUGCGUGGAAAGGUCUAUGUUCCUCCAAAGAAAUUGAGAAAGAGGAAAGACGUGGUGGAAACCGUAGACGACAAGAUUGUUCAACCAAAUACGGAUGCUAUGGGAGUCGAGUUACAUAAAGACUCGAAGUUUUACCAAUCGUGGCAAAAUUUCAAGGAUAAAAAUCCGUAUGUGAACAAAGUGUUGGAUUGGAAGAUCAAGUACGAAGAGUCGGAUAACCCGGUGAUUCGAGCUUCCAGAUUACUUACAGAUAAAGUCACAGACAUCGUCGGGGGGUUGUUCCAAAAAACGGAUUUAUCGGAAACGCUGACAGAGAUCUGUAAGCUGGAUCCGAACUUUGAAAGAGUGCAGUUUAUAAAAUAUUGCGAGACGGAUAUAAUUCCAAACAUUCUCGAAGCUAUGGUCAGAGGAGAUCUCGAAAUUUUAAAAGAUUGGUGUCACGAAGCUCCGUACAAAUUAAUAGCGCAUCCGCUGAUACAGGCGCAGAAAUUGGGAUACGUAUUAGACAAUAAGAUCUUAGAUAUCAAUAACGUAGAUUUAAUAAUGGGGAAAGUAAUGGAGCAGGGACCAGUUUUAAUGAUCAGCUUUCAAUGCCAGCAGAUCAUGUGCGUGAGGGAUACCAAAAAGAAAGUAAUCGAAGGAGAUCCGGACAAAGUAAUGCGAGUUAAUUACAUUUGGGUACUGUGCCGCGAUCCUACGGAACUUAAUCCGAAAGCUGCAUGGCGUUUGCUGGACCUUAGUGCCACCAGUACUGAACAGUUUGUAUAGUGUAUAGCUUAGGUAUGAAUUUAAUUACGAGUAAACAAAGGAAAUUAAUGUGAAUACGUGGCUUGAGAGUGAGAGCGCGUUUUCCGAUACCUAUACGAUCGACACUGAGAGAGAGGGAGAGAAGUAGAGAACCGCGACGUGUACAUUAAUUCAUCGAGAAGUGGAUUUUCACUCGUGUGACUUAAAUUAGACAUUAUCUUUCAAUUAAAAUCCGUAGCUGAAAGCUACAGACAUUUUAUAAUGUCUACAGAACCAUUUGAUCUAUAGGUAAUGAAAAAUAAAACUAAGUUACGUUAUGAACGCGCGUAUUAACAGAUGAAAUAUUAACGUUGCUGUACUCUCGUAACAUGCUCGAACAAUAUCGCCGCGAGUCGUAUUAUUGAGAAUAUGUAUGGAAAGUGAACAGUUGCUUACUUUUUAGUUACUAUUAUUUUUAUAACGUCGAAACAACUAAUAGUUCGUUAUCGUAAAUCGUUCGAUUACGUUUUAUAAUCUUAUUCGCGCGGGAGAACAUACGCAAAAUUUGAACGAACCAUCUCUGUACAUAUUUAAAUAUUGACAUUAAAAUAUAAAACGAUAGAGCCUAGAAGAUAUUUACGUAUGUCGAAUGCCGAAUAUUUUAAAUGCCGAGUCAUACGGGGUGGGGAUGUAAACAUUUUGUGGUUUAACAUAGAGCUGUACAUAGUUGCAUGUUCAUGAUAUCACGAUGCGAUCAAUUGUGUUUAAUUGUUAAUACGGUUACGUAUUAAUUGUUUUUUAAAGGCUAAUAUAUCUGUAAUAUAUACGAUACGAAAAUCGAAGUCAUUUGUUGUCAAAUUACUCCAACUUUCUGAUCACAAGUGACAAUGUAAAAAAACUAAUUGUGUAAAAAUAGAAACUAUUUCGAAACAAA